CUGUCCGGUAGGAUGGGACCAGUAGCCAGAUAUCCGUGCAUGCCUGACCGCUAGUCGACUUCCUGGAUGGGAAGAAUGGGACGUUUCCAGCUCCACUUUUCAACCUCGCGUCGUGCGUCGCCCUCGGUCACGCUGACGCCGCGGAUAAUCACUUAAACGAUGAGCGAUCGAUACCGUGCGACCACUUUUUUCUCUCUCUCCUUCCCUCCACCGCCGCGCGCGGUAGUUAGUGAAGAAGACAGCGACUGAUCGACCCGCCACCUCCUCCUCCUCCUCCACCACCGCCGGCUGCCUCACUCCGGGAAUGUCGCUAUGUGGAAGCCCGCUGCUACAGGCGCGGUGGAGUCCGACUUCAGACGGUGAAGAAGAAGUGCGUGUGGCGUUUUGCUCCUCGAGGCGAACAACAACCUCUCCCCGGACUGAAUGAGAAUCUAAAAUCGUUCUAUCCUCCAUUAUUAUUAUUACUAUUCAAAGAAAGCAGUGAGCGUGUGUAGCCGAGCCGCUAACCCGGACUUUGAUGCUCUGUCUCCGCGGCUGCUGCCGCCGCCGCUGCUGAGCCAACUUCGGCUCCAGCUUCGCUCGUGAUUUUCUCUCGGCACUGUUUCUUUUCUCUUUUUAAAAAGAAGAAAAGGAGACUGUGGAGAAAAGAGAGGAAACUUUGUGACCCGCUGCCUUCUUGUUGCUCUCCAUGAGUGGGCUAACAUGCGGAGGAUACGGGAACCGAGUUGCUGGUGGAUACUACCCUUAAUGUUUUUAACCUUGCCCGAGCACAAAGCCUGUCAGCCCGUUGCGUCGGAUGACCAUCCUAACUAUGCCGAAGACGGGCACCAUGGGAGCACGGGCAUAAUGAGGGAGCGGAGGGCAGCCGGUGACCCCUACUGGUCCUAUUCAGGAAACCAUGGACCUCGACGCUGGGAAGCCUCAUAUCCAGAAUGUGCUGCGAAAAACCAAUCACCUGUGGACAUUACAGAUGAACAAGCUCUGGUUUCAGAGGAGUUUCAGGAGCUGGUGUUCGACAAAUUCAGCGCUGAGUCCUCCAACCAGACCACCAUGAAAAACACUGGAAAGACAGUUGCCGUUCUCCUGAAGGAUGACUACUUCGUAAGAGGCGCUGGACUGCCAGGCCGCUUUAAGGCUGAGAAGAUGGAGUUUCACUGGGGCCAGAGUAAUGGAUCAUCAGGCUCUGAGCACAGCCUCGGUGGCAGGAGGUUCCCUGUAGAGAUGCAGAUCUACCUUUACAAUUCAGAUGACUUUGACAGUCUCAGCGCUGCCAUCAAGGAAAGACGCAUCAUCGCUGCCAUGGCCGUCUUCUUCGAGCUGGGACAAAAGGACAAUCCAGCUGUGGACCCUAUCAUCCAGGGGCUGAAAGGAGUCGUGCAUCAUGAAAAGGAGACCAACCUCAGAUCUUUCGUCCUGAGGGAUCUGCUGCCAUCAUCAGUGGACAGCUAUUACCGAUACACCGGCUCUCUGACCAUACCUCCCUGCAGCAAGGUAGUGGAGUGGAUCAUCUUCUCCAGGCCUGUGUAUCUGUCCUACUCACAGCUGGAGGCCUUUUACUCCAUCUUUACAACAGAGCAACAGGACCAUGUUAAGUCUGUGGAGUACCUAAGGAACAACUUCCGACCCCUGCAGGAUCUGGACAACAGGAAAGUCUUUAAGUCAGCUGUGAAAGAAGCAUGGCAGAGGGAUUUGACUGAGGUCCUGAGGAGCCCUCACAGCACUGAGUCUUCAAGAGUGUGCAGCAGUGCCCCAGUGACCAUGAAGAUCAAGCCGCUGAACCAGACGGCACUGAUGGUGAGCUGGGAACGCCCCCUGACUGUCUACCACCCACCCAUCACCAGCUACACCGUCUCCUACAGCUGGGUGAAACGCGACGUUGCCAAUGAAAAUACCUUCACCAAGACCGGGGACCAGAGCAUGAAAGCAGUCAUCACUAAUGUGUCCCCAGACAUCCUGUACCUGUUCAGAGUGCAGGCGGUGUGUCAGCAUGACCUGCGCAGUGAUUUCAGCCAAACACUGCUCUUCAGAGAGAAUACAACAAGAAUAUUUGAAGGGUCUCGUAUUGUGAAGACUGGGAUGCCCACAAUUUCUCCAGCAUCCUCUGCAGACAUGGCUCCAAUAAGUUCUGGUUCAUCCACUUGGACGUCGUCUGGCAUUCACUUCUCCAUUGUCUCCAUGGCAACGGGGAUGGGCCCCUCCUCCAGUGGCAGCCAGGCCACGGUGGCAUCAGUGGUGACGAGCUCUUUGCUGGCAGGCCUUGGCGUUGGCGGAGGGGUCAUCUCCUCUCUGCCCAGUUCUGUCUGGCCCACGCACGCGCCACAAGCCACUCAGAACACCAACCGUCCCUCCGCCCUGCCUGCGAAGUCCAGCACUGACCAGGCGGCGUCGCAGGCAUCCGAGAUGGACACCCCGUCUGAGGAGAAGCAGGCUGCACGGGAGGGCGAGGGGGAGGAGGAGGAGGGCGAGGGGGAGAGAGAGGGAGAGCAGGAGGAGGGAGAGGAUGAGAAGAAGAAAAAGAACAAGACUGUACCUGAUAAUGAGGAAAAGCAAGCGAACAGCACCGUGGCCAAAGAGCCUUUAAUCCCCACCCCUGCAUCCACAGCCAAAGAGAAAGGAGACGGGACGCCGACAGUCAAAGACAACACGAUACCUGCCAAUACUGGUGACAAGCAGCUGGUUAACUUGGAGGAGAAUCCGACAGAUGUAAGCGCGGCCUCCACUCAGGAGCCUCGUAAUGACAGUGCUGAGAUGCAGAUUCCUCAGAGCUCCACACUGUCUCCAAAGAUCAGUAGUGAGGGGAAGAGUCACUGGCCGUUCUCGGUCCACACUGACAGGACCACGUUGUCCAACGUUACCAGAAGCCCUACUCCGGGGAUGGGCAGGAUGGUGUGGAUCGUCCCCUUAGUGGUGGUGUCUGCUCUAACUCUGCUCUGCCUCAUAAUGCUGCUCAUUGUGAUGGUCUACUGGAGGAGAUUCUUCCAGACAGCUCACUUCUAUGUGGAGGAGAGCAGCUCGCCACGGGUGGUGGCCAAUGAAAGUAUCCCAGUCAUCCCUAUACCAGAUGACAUGGAUGCCAUCCCUGUGAAGCACUUUGUGAAACACAUCAUGGAGCUCUAUAAAAACAACCUGCAAGGUUUCGCUGAGGAGUUUGAGGAGGUUCAGCGCUCGACGGCGGACCUGAAAAUCACAUCGGAACAUUCCAAUCAUCCUGACAACAAGCACAAAAACAGAUACAUCAACAUUGUGGCCUAUGACCACAGCAGGGUGAAAUUACGAGCUCUGGCGGGGAAAGAUGCCAAACAUUCAGAUUACAUCAACGCCAACUAUGUGGAUGGCUACAACCGUCCCAGAGCUUAUAUAGCUGCUCAGGGUCCUCUCAAGACGACGUUUGAGGAUUUCUGGAGGAUGAUGUGGGAGCAGAACACCGGAGUCAUUGUCAUGAUCACAAACCUGGUGGAGAAAGGAAGAAGGAAAUGUGACCAGUACUGGCCGACAGAGAACAGCGAGCAGUAUGGGAACAUUGUGGUGACGCUGAAAAGCACCAAAGUGCACGCCUGCUACACACUGAGGCGUUUCCACAUAAGGAACACGAAAGUUAAAAAGACACAGAAGGGGAACCCGAAGGGGAAGCUGAAUGAACGCAUCGUGGUCCAGUAUCACUACACCCAGUGGCCGGACAUGGGCGUACCGGAGUACACCCUCCCUGUGCUCACGUUCAUCAACCGCUCGUCUGCGGCUCACACUGCAGACAUGGGCCCAGUCCUGGUGCACUGCAGUGCAGGGGUUGGGCGCACAGGAACAUACAUUGUCAUUGACAGCAUGCUGCAACAGAUCAAGGACAAAAGCACAGUCAGUGUCCUGGAUUUUCUCAAACACAUCCGCACACAACGCAACUACCUAGUGCAGACGGAGGAGCAGUAUGUUUUCAUCCACGAUGCUCUGAUGGAGGCCAUCAUGUGCAAAGAGACCGAGGUGCCUGCCUGGCAGCUCCACGGUUAUGUCAACAGCAUCCUCACGCCCAACUCAACAGGCUACACACGGCUGGAGAAGCAGUUCAGGCUACUGACUCAGUGCAACACACGCUUUGUGGAGUGCUUUAGUGCCUACAAAGACUGCAACAAGGAGAAGAACCGCAAUUCCUCAGUGGUUCCCUCGGAGCGAGCAAGGGUCGGACUCACCACUCUGCCUGGAAUGAAAGGAACAGAUUACAUUAAUGCGUCCUACAUAAUGGGUUACUACAGGAGUAAUGAGUUCAUCGUUACCCAGCAUCCUUUGCCCCACACCACCACAGACUUCUGGAGGAUGAUUUGGGACCAUAACGCUCAGAUUAUUGUCAUGUUGCCUGACAACCAAGGCCUGGCUGAGGAUGAAUUUGUUUACUGGCCGAGUCGAGAAGAGGCCAUGAACUGCAUCGCCUUCACCGUCACACUCAUCAGCAAGGACAGGCUGUGCCUCUCCAACGAGGAGCAGAUCAUCAUUCACGACUUCAUCUUAGAGGCCACACAGGACGACUACGUUCUAGAGGUGAGACAUUUCCAGUGCCCUAAAUGGCCGAACCCUGACGCCCCUCUCAGCAGCACCUUCGAGCUGAUUGGUGUCAUCAAGGAAGAGGCCAUGACUCGAGACGGCCCCACCAUCGUGCACGAUGAGUGUGGAGCCGUGUCGGCAGGGAUGCUCUGCGCCCUCACCACGCUGUCCCAGCAGCUGGAGAACGAGGGCGUUGUGGAUGUCUAUCAGGUGGCGAAGAUGAUCAAUCUCAUGAGGCCGGGAGUCUUCACUGAUAUAGAGGAGUACCAGUACCUUUACAAAGCCAUGCUCAGCCUGAUAGGGAACAGAGAGUGUGGCCUGAGCCCCCUGCACAUGGACACUAAUGGAGUGGUGGCGAUGGCGGACGAGUCGGACCCCGCGGAGAGCAUGGAGUCGCUCGUCUGAGGACAUUCUCAUGGGCACUUAAUUUGUAAAAAAUCUGCGAACUUUUCUGAGGCCUUUUUUGCCAGACUAUUGAUUAAAUGAAUAACCUUAUUACUUUUUAUACUGAUAAAGGUUUUUUGAUAUUUAUGUUUUUGUCCUUUAUUUCUUGUCUUUAAAUGUUAUCCUGCUGAGCGUUUGCACCUGUUUUUAAGUUGACGUGAGGAAAAAGCAGCUCUGUCCGGUUUGCACUAAACUAUCAGUGUUACUGCCCAAAUCCAGCGACUUCAAUUUCUGGCUACAAGACUAAACUGGGCUCUGCGGACCGCCGAGAGACGAACAUGGAGCGUAGAGACCGGGAUGAGUUGAAGGCGAUCCACUUCCGAUAAUGUCUCAAAACGAAACAUGGCAUCACGACGUGGCCCAGCAUGCAUUGUCACUUUGUCACCUCGAUCAAACUGUUUUGAGGCUCCAUUCCACACGCGUGAAGAGACUCUGACCUGCCUGAUAUUCACAAAUUGUCCAAAUAUCUCACUGCUGUUUUGUGUAAUGUACUUUUGGCUUAUUUUGUUCCAGUGUGUUACAACAUGUAAUGUGAACAUUUAUUGCUUUUUAGAGGGAUUUAUAUUGUUAUGUUUGUUUUGUAAUAUAUAUACAUAUAUAUUAUAUCCUUAAUAGCCAGCCAAUGUUUUUCUUUCACUAUUUGUCCACUGGUCUUUUGUGUAGAUUCUUAUUUUAUUUUGGAGAUUCUGUAGCUGAUCAUGAAUGACCUACACAACUCCACCUAUUUUUAAUUUUCCAGUAUUUUCAAGCUUCUCUAACCUCGACUGUCAAAGCUCAACAGUUAUAACACGUGGAAUAAGUUUCUUUGUAACACAAUGCAACGCCUGCAGAAAGUAAACACCCCACACAGGUUUUCAUGUUUUCUUUUGUGACAUUAAAUCACAGUGGAUGUGAAUGGGACUUUUUUUAAGAUGAUUUAACAGCAAAGGAAAUGUCAAUCAAAGUGAAAACAAAAGUCCACAAAUGCAUCAAGUGUGAAAUUAAUUGUGCAAGUGUUGUGCACUUUGUAGUAACAAUGAAUACAGGAACUUUAUGCCCAAAUUAGUCUUGAAUCUGUAUCGAUAGGUUUCAGCUGCACACAAGUGGACGCAGCAUUUCUUUCUAAUUCUUCUGUCAAACUUAUCAUUGGAGUUUAAGUCCUGCUGUUAUUUCUGGACUGGACUGAGUUCUGGGCUUUAUUUUGUCACCUCAGGACAUGGGGGGCACAGUGGUUCUGAAUUAGAAUCUGACGGUAGGGGAGUUUGGAUGUUCUACCUGUAUCUGUGGGUUUUCUCCGAAUACUCUGUCAUCCUUCCACUGUCUUAAGACAUGCAGAUUAGGUUGCAAUUAGAUUCUCGGCCAAUGUCAGCUGGGAUUGGCUCCUGUGACCCUUAAAGGUCAAGGGGUAUAGAUGAUGGAUAGACCUCAGUUGAAAACACUCCUGCAUAGUUUUUCCAACUUGCUCCUCUGACAUUACAGAAGGAUUUGUUUGUUUCACUCUCUACCUUCAGAAGCCUUUUGAUUUUGAGGAUGUCCCUCUUCACAUUUCAAGCUGUGCUACUCUCUUUUCGAUGGAUUUAGGGAACUUCUGUGCCUUGGAAAUCAUUUUAAGUAUUGAUGCUCUUUAGUAGCUUGUCACUGAUGUGUUGGAAUAUUUAUAAUAAUAAUUUUACCAGGAAAUUGACUGAAUAGCUUCUGGACUUCAAAUCGUUUUUUUUUGCUCUAAAAUUUGUUUUCACUUUUCUUUUUGACUGGCCUGAAAAAAGAAAAAAAAAUGCUCAGUACGUCCACUGUGACUCACAUAUGAACAAAACAUGAGAAAGUCUAAAUGUUCGGGGUGUUGUGGUUGUUUUGAGGUAGUGUAGCUUUUGUUUUGGUGGCUUGAUGCUUUAUUUGUAACCAAAGACGUGGUUCCAGUUUGCAACAUGCAAGUGGUUUUGUCCUGAGAUUUAUUUAAUCCGUAGAAUUUAAAAUCCAAAUGUUUAAAUUUCACAGCAAGAGAAUUACAGAGCUGUCAGAGGUGUGAAUUUAAACAUGUUUCUGUUUCGAGCCUUUGGGGACUCACUUCAUCAGAGAACAUGAUGCUUUCCUCACACCUCACUUCAGACUAGAAGAUUUAAAUCCAGAGUGAAAAAUGUUUUUUAUUUUGGCCUAAUAUUCUGUCUCAGCAAUAUUUUGUUGUUUUUAAUUCCAAGCCCCGUUUUAACCCUGAUUUACGAUUUAAAUAUUUAAUUUUUUCUGUUCGUUGCUGAGAACAAAGACUCUCCAACAUUUGGAGAAAAAUCCCGAUUCCCGAUCGCUCAGCUCUGCAACACAACUUCUUUUCAGCAACUCUUCUUUUCUCUUGUACGAACGCCAGCGUCCUCUGUUCAAUAUUUCUACACGUUGAAAACACGUUGAGUGCUUUGUUGCUUUAAGAACAAAUGACUGACUUAUAUCUAACUUUUGUGAUCAUAGACAGACAUGUAUUUUCAUACAAAUAUUUGAUUUGAGUCGUGGCCCCUGUGACAGAUUGUACUUUAAUUAAAUAUCCACUACAACGUACCUGCUCCUCUGAGACGUCCAUGCUGGUGUUGAGACCACAGUUUCAUGAUAUUUGCUCAGUGGUGCAGGAUGUUUAUCCUCAGUGGGUUUCAACCAGAGUGGUGGUGAAGUCUGACUUGUGACUUGAAUAAAUGAUCAACUGGUUUUGUCCAUCUUAUCUUGUUUAUAUAAUAGUAUCAUGGCCUUAUAUCCCUAUGAUACUGUUAUAUACCAUAUUAUGGUGUCAUAGUGUUAUUUAAUAGCUCAACUGUAUUGCUAUACACAAAAUAAAGUCUGGGUUUGGGUGCACAGCAUCUUAAUACCACAUGUAACCACUAAUGGAUGGGUUUCUCCAAACAAACUGGUUCAUCCUGGUCGCCCCCUGCUGUCAGUCUGUCACCAAACAAUUAUUCAGAUCACUGAUUAGAAAAAUUAAAAGUUAAAGUCCUGUGUAUAAGUAUCAGCAAAAAAAAAUGUGUAAAAGUACUUUUUCUUUUUUUUUUUAUGCAGAAUGGCUCAUUGGAUUAUUAAUAUUGAUGCAUUAACGUGAAAGUAACAAUUCAAACUGCUGUGUAUUGUGUAGCUGUGGGACACAACUUGAGCCUGUAUAUGUUUAUAUUUUCAGAAAGCUGACGCCAUUAAAACCGAUGCCGAAUUA